AUUAAUGUCAAAGCGUCAUUUGUGGCAUAUUUUGUUUGAGUCAAAAAAGCGUGUUGAAAAUCGUGUUAUUAUUGUAAAAACAAUUUUUCUUAACUAAUAUAUUAAAAAAUACAUAAAAUGGCCGGUGUAUUAUUCGAAGAUAUAUUCAAUGUGAAAGAUAUUGACCCGGAAGGCAAGAAAUUUGAUCGUUGCAGCCGAUUGCAUUGCGAAUCAGAAUCUUUUAAAAUGGACUUAAUUUUGGACAUCAAUUCAUGGAUAUAUCCAAUGGAAUUGGGUGAUAAGUUUAGAUUAGUGCUUGCUACGACUCUUAGAGAGAAUGGUUAUCCUGACGGAGGUGAAUGGAACCCUCUAGAAACGGAGGGAAAUCGCGCCGACAGUUUCGAAUAUGUGAUGUCCGGAAAGGUUUACAGGAUAGAAGGAGAUGAGGCAGCCAUGGAGCCAGCGUCCCGAUUAGCAGCAUACGUAUCAUUCGGAGGCCUUCUAAUGCGACUGCAGGGCGAUGCAAACAACUUGCACGGGUUCGAAGUAGAUCAGCACAUGUACUUGUUAAUGAAGAAGUUAGCUUUCUAAAGUUAUGUUUACUGUUAGGCUAGAUUAAGAAUAAAUUUUAUAUUUUUUAAGUGUA